CCUCUGUGCAGCUCCAGCAGCAGCACGCAGAGGACCGUGACCGGGGUCGACGGCACUGCGCAUGCCCGAAGCAACUUAAUAUGAAUGCUGCCUCACGUCUCAAGACAUCUCACAUCCAGGUAGGGAUAUCAUCAGUUUAUUUAUUGACUUAUCAUUUGUCAACCAGUCUUCGGUCUCGUGCUGUAGAGUAACCAGCAUGGGCAGUUAAAAAAAAACAGAAAAGUUAUCUGCAGUGUGGAGGACAGAAGGUUUGUAAAACCCCAGAGCGUUGCCCUCCUCUCUUCCCGCUCGGGCAGUCCAUCAAGUUUCCAGCACCAUGGCUGAAGAAGACUAUGGCAGCUUUGUGGACUGGAACCAGAUGGGGGACCUGGCCAAGAGCAGCGGGCCCACCAAGAUAGACUGUAAAGACCUGAAAGAGUUCAAACAGAUGGCUCGGCAGGGUUACUGGGCCAAAAACCACAAACUACGGGCACAAGUAUACCAGCAGCUCAUCAAAGCCAUUCCCUGUCGUACAGUUACCCCAGAUGCAGAAGUAUAUCGUGAUAUUAUGGGAAAUGCAGCCACUAAGAAGCCCUCCUCCCACAUGCCACUGCCUGAGUUUGUGGAUGGAAGCCCUGUACCACGGUACUGCCUUAAGGCAGAUGCAGUAGCCUCAGCACAUCAGAUUAUCAACUGCCUGGCUGGACAGUUUCCAGAUAUCUCCCAUUGCCCAUCACUUCCAGCUCUUACUGCUUUGCUUCUGCACUUCAGCGCAGACGAAGCUCAGUGUUUUGAGCACAUCAGCCGCAUACUGGCCUGCAACGAACCAGGCAAGCGCCUGCUGGACCAGACUUUCCUGGCAUAUGAGUCUAGCUGCAUGACUUUUGGCGACCUGGCCAACAAGUACUGUGCACCCGCCCACAAACUGAUUGUAGCCACAGCCCAGGAUGUGCUGGAGGUCUACUCAGACUGGCAGCGCUGGGUGCUCGGUGACCUGCCUUUCAGCCAUGUGGUCAGGGUUCUGGAUGCCUACCUGGUGGAGGGCUACAAGAUUCUCUACCGUGUGGCUAUAGCCUUGCUCAAGUUCUAUCGCAAGCAUAAAGCAGGAGCCCAGGGAGGCCAGGGCAACCAGCAGCAACAAGAUUCAGGCAAAGUCAGGGCAGACAUCCAGGCUUUCGUCAAGGGCAUUGCCUCCACCGUCACACCCGACAAACUGCUAGAGAAGGCCUUCUCCAUCCGUCUGUUUAGCCGUAAGGAGAUCACUCUGCUGCAGCUCACAAAUGAGAAGUCCUUGCAGCAGAAGGGAAUCACUGUCAAACAGAAGCGGCGGAAUGUGCAGCUGGCACUCAACCCUGACACCUUCUCCUCUGAGAUUGUCAGUGCCAAGGAGAUGCGGGACAUCUGGUCGUGGAUCCCAGAGCGCUUUGCCCUGUGCCAGCCACAGCUCCUCUUCACCACUUCCACCCAUGGCUGCAGCUUGAACAGAUUCUACUCACAUUGUGAAGGCUAUGAACCCACUCUCCUCCUCAUCCGGACCACAGAUAGUGAUGUAUGUGGAGCCUUCCUAUCCACAGAUUGGGAGGAGAGGAAGAGAGGAGGCAACAAAUUGAGUUUCUUCGGCACAGGGGAGUGCUUUGUCUUUAGGCUGAAGCCAGAGAUGGAGCGCUAUGAGUGGGUGGUAAUCCGCCACCCUGAGCUAGCUUCCUCCAUCAAGACCCAGGCUGAAGAGGACAAUGCCACCUCUGACGGCCAAAACUCAGAGAACAAUAGCUUACAGCAGCCGGAGAAACCCGCUGGAGAUCUGUCACCAUUCCUCUCCGCUCGCCACUUCAACCUUAACUCCAAGAAUACUUCUAUGUUCAUGGCUGGAAACUUUGACUCCAUCAUAGUGGGGGGAGGUGAAGGCAACGCUCUUUACAUUGACUCAGAACUGAACCAUGGGCGCACUGGCAGGUGCGCCACCUUUGACAACCCGCCCCUGUGUGCAGAGAGCUUCCAGGUUUCACUGCUGGAAGCAUGGGGUUUCCAGGAUGCCAUGGCCUCAUAAUGCUGUACACAUAAACACACACUACACAUACACGUAGAUCCAUACAUCAUACAGACAUGGACACAUAGGUGCAUGUUGAUGCUCACAGAUUUUAGCACUUAAACACAUUAAAGCAGAAAGUCAUUUUCAAAAAGUCCAAGUGUUUGAUGUAGAAAACACAGAUAUGCAAACAGAACAACAUCCGUCCUACAAAUUCUUCUAUGAUUAACUAUUUUUUAUUUAUUACUGCAGUUAAUCCAAAUUCAACAUAUGAACAAAUGUGAUAUUUUUGUUUGUUUUGUGUUUAUUUUUGUAUUGACAGAUUUGUGUUAUAGUGUACUAAUUGUGUUGAAAUGUGUGGUCAUAUGAAGGAACUGUUCAGGAUCAACUCUAGUUAAAGUCGAUAUGAGGUUCAUCUUGAGGUUUUUGUUGUUGUUUGUUUUUUAACGUUGACUGUGAUGUAUUCAUGUUCAUGCUGACCUACAACAUUUAAAUUUCUGAAUGUAAAUUCAGUACAUUAUGUUUUGUGGUUUAGCGCAGUCUGCCAAAUUUACUGUACAGUUAUCACUGCAGUCCUUAGGAAUAUAUCAUUUACCAGGCCAUGUUGAUAAGCUGAGGUUUACGAUAAAAUGUGUGCAGUUAAGUCCUCAUUUGGUGAUCAGUGUUUUUAAAUGUUGAAAGAGCAAAGCUUAGCCGUAGUAAAGUUGUACCAAGUCCUGUUGCGAUUCCCCACAUUUUUUGAUUUAUUGUACAUACAUAAUGUGGGAGAUCUGCUAAAGGAAUUAAUGUAGUUAAUGUUUGUGAAUAUCAGUGGUGGUUUUGAGUGUUGCCAUUUUGCACCAUAUGUCAAGCUUUCUUUUGAAUGAGUGGCAGUGUCUCCUUUGUAUAGUAUAUGAAUAUUCAUGUGAAUAACUACAAACUUUUUUUUAAAGAAAAAAACUCAAAAGGCGGUUUUGGUUUACCGGUAAUGGAGAUUAAUGCAGUUUGCUCAUCCUUCUCUUCCUCUGACCAUUUUCCUGUUAAUUCCGUCCUUUCCAAUGUUAAAAUAGUAACAAAAUAAAUUCAAAAUUGUGCCCUGUUGGCAAAGUGUUGUUGGGGUUAGACAACCUAUUUGUAUCCGUAUGUUCAAAUAUGUGCUCUGGUGAAACAUCAGUUGAAUAACGUUAAAUGUAUUCUACAUGUGAAAAUACAGCAAUAAUACGUUUUCAGGA